AUGGGGGCUAACCAAUCGCUGCAGCACUUGAGGGGCCGAGAGGUGCCUUCUGCCAGUCUCUCGCGGAUCAAGGGAACCCAAACAGAAACGAAGGCUUCUCAGACCCACACAACACUCAUUAGUUACGUGACUCAACAGGUUCAAGAAAGCGUCAUUAAGUAUACAAGCCGGCUGAUGAAUGAUAACAUCGGGAAUGCAUACAACUUUGAUUUCGUGUUCCUUCGGAGAGAAAAUGCAGGAAGAGUGUGCAGAGUGACGUGCAGGCGCAGCGGACGCAAAGCGGAGGUUCUUUUGAAGCGGAAGCACCUUGAGGAUCCUUCUCAGUUGGAAUCUAUAAAGAAGGAAGUAGAGAUUUGGCUCUCCCUAGACCAUCCUCACAUUGCCAGGUUGUUGGAUGUUUUCGAAGAUGAAAGCGGGGUCUACCUGGUAUCAGAGUUCUGCCCAGGGGGCUCGCUGUAUGAUUACUUGGCUUCGCUGCAAAAGUGUCCGGAGGAGGUGUCUAGACAGCUGGUUCUACAGAUGGUAAAGGCGAUUGGCUUUCUCCAAGGACGCGGGAUAGUCCACCGUGAUCUCCGCCUCGAGAGUUGGCAGCUGACGAAUUCCGGCGAUCUCUCCUGCCUGAAGCUUUACGGCCUGAGUCACUGCACGCGCUGGCGCAAUAAGGAGGGCCGUCUAAACGCAGCCUGUGGCAUUCUAAUAUACACCAGUCCCGAUGUCCUUUUGGGACGCUACACCGAGGCUUGCGACAUGUGGUCUUUGGGUGUUAUUGCCUACCAGCUCCUUUGUGGGCGACCUCCUUUCCAAGGUUCGCGGCAGGACAUAAUCCGCCAGAUCCUCUCUGGUGCAGUCAACAUGCAGCACCUUGAAAAAGCGGGAGUAUCCGAGGAGGCGAGUUCCUUCGUGAUGCAGCUGCUAACCAUUAGUCCACAGCUUCGGUGGUUUGCAAACAGUGGCGCCUUGCGUCGCGCAUCGCUCUUGAUGUGCGCGUAUUGUCUGAACUCUGAUCAAUGCGAAUCUGUGGGGAAGCUGUUUGCGGCAGCAUCCCACUCCAGCUCCGGAUGCCUCACACUAGAAGACCUGAGGAGGACGCUCCAGAGAGCGCAGCUGGAGCCGCUUGUAGACGAAGAGGUAGAAGAAAUAUUUGAGGCCCUGGAUAUCAGCAAAGACUCAGAGAUUACGUUUUCAGUAUUCGCCGCUGCACAGAUCGGUUCCUUAAUCGAGCCGGAGGAAUCUCUGUUAAAAGCGGCGUUCGCCAAGUUGGAUGCUGACCGCGAUGGGCGACUCUCCCUUGAUGACUGCCGCAGGGCACUCGGAGACCCCCUAUUUAGCCAGAGCAUCGCGUCUGCUUUAUCUCAGGAAGAGGACGAAGAUGGACACCUUUCCUACUCGAGUUUUGCCGCACUGAUCCGCGAGAAGGACAAGCCUCCUCCGCACCGCGACUUCCGGUCUCGCGGUCGCGACGUUCGAUCCCCUGUCAGUGGCCGUUCUCCACAGGAUCUCCCAAUAAGCAAACGCGCGAGUGUCCAUACAAGUGCCGACCUACAGUCUGCUGGAGCAUUCUGCUCCAAACUGCACCACAAUUCUUUUCCGCAACCAACCUCAGUGGGUGCGUCGUUUCUACAUACACAGAUCGCCGCGCAGAGCGAUGAGGGAAACCAGCGGCACAGCGGGUUGCUCCGCACUGAAGGACCAAGGCUAACGACUGCACCAGCACGAGUCGCUUCUGGUCCCCCUGCUGUCUAA